AUGUCCGCCAAACCAGAGAAGGUCUCCAAAAUCCCCACCGACGACGACCCCACGCAACAGUUUACAGAUGAAUCCGGCGCACCUGCUACGUUGCCCGAGAUUGGCAAUGGAGGGGAGGAGAGUAAACUGAAGGUGUUGAUGGGGCUCAUGAAGAAACUCAUCGGUGUCAAGGAUGUCGCCAACUUACGUUUAUCUCUCCCCGCCUCCCUCCUGGAGCCCAUCCCCAACCUCGAAUACUGGCAAUACGCCGACCGUGCCGACAUUCUCGCUGCUGUCGGCGACUCCUCUGACGAGCUCGAACGCAUGCUCGCCGUCCUCCGAUUCUGCUUUAGCAAAGAACUCAAGUUCAUCCGGACCCGUCUCGGCAAGCCAUACAACUCGGCUCUCGGGGAGCACUUUAGGUGUUCAUGGAGGCUGCCCGCGCUGGCGCUGGAUAAAGAGUCGGGAGAUCCUGUGGUGAGGACACAUGUGCACGUGCCCAUCCCUGGGGAGCCGGCGUACGGGGGGCAGGGCGGGAGUGGAUGGACGACCCCGGUGUUGAGGGCGGAAGACGGCGGCAAGCCGAGUAGCGAAGCCAGCUCGAUCGUCUCGUCUUCGAGCAAGGCGUCCAGGAAGACCAAGGCGCUUGAUUUGUCGCAGGUGGACCGGUCGGUGCCCGGGCCUGGGCCGGAGGUGGUGGGCGACCCCGAUGCUGGGGUUGUGGAAUCGGAAAAGGUUACUGUGGUGUUUUUGUGUGAACAAGUGUCUCACCACCCUCCCGUAUCUGCGGCCUACUACUACUGCCCCGAGAAGGGUAUCGAGGCCUAUUGUAUGGACCAGAUCACCGCCAAGGUAUCUGGAAUGUCGGUCAAGGUUGGACCUGGUCAUUGCAACAAGGGUAUCUUUGUCAGGGUAGCUCGCGACGGUCCCGGCAAGGGCGAAGAGUACCAGAUAAGCCACCCUUCCGCUGCCGUCAACGGUAUCCUCAAGGGUUCCUACUAUGGUACUAUCUCAGACUUUAUCCAGGUCACUUGCAGAGGCGGGGACAGCGGGCCUACCAAGCUGAGAACAUUGUUGGACUACAAGGAAGAGUCGUGGCUCGGGAAACCCAAGUUUUUGCUCGACGGUGUGAUCUACCGCUACACUGUCGGCGACGAAGAGCAGGAAGGCUGGACGAAACCGAAACAAGUGCCGUCCGACAAGAUUGUGGGCUACAUCGAGGGCUGCUGGAUGAAGCAGAUCCGCUACAAGCUCAAGGGUCAAAAGGAGUGGAAGAUCCUCCUCGACCUCGACCAGCUCGCUCUCAUCCCCAAGGAUGUCCGUCCGAUUGAGGAGCAGGACGAGUAUGAGAGUCGAAAGCUGUGGGAACCAGUUACGCAGCAGUUGUUGAACAAGAACUGGGGAGAGGCGACCAAGAGUAAACAGACGAUUGAACAGGCGCAAAGAGAUAAGGCGCAGGCGCGAAAGGAUAACGAGGAGACACAUCACGCCCGGUAUUUCGAGCCCGACUAUGAAGAAGGUCGACCUGUCCUCACCGCGGAAGGCAAGGAGGCGCUCGAGAAGGAGAUCAAGCGUUGCCGAGGCGAAUAG